AAGAGGCACAUGAACAAGAUGGAAAUGAUGAACUAAAGGACUCUGAAGAGUUUGGUGAAAAUGAAGAGGAGACUGUGCGUUUAAAGGAGUUACUUUCCAUAGAAGAAAACAAGAGAACUCGUGAAUUAAUAGAGGCAGAAGCAAUUGAAGAUAUUGAGAAAGAGGACAUCGAAAGUCAGGAAAUGGAAGCUCAAGAAGGUGAAGAUGAUACCUUUCUAACAGCCCAAGAUGAAGGGAGCCUAGCUGAGGCUGAUCACACAGCUCACGAAGAGAUGGAAGCUAAUGCGACUGUGAAAGAAGCUGAGGAUGACAACAUCUCGGUCACAAUCCAGGCUGAAGAUGCCAUCACUCUGGAUUUUGAUGGUGAUGACCUCCUAGAAACAGGUAAAAAUGUGAAAAUUACAGAUUCUGAAGCAAGUAAGCCAAAAGAUGGGCAGGACGCCAUUGCACAGAGCCCGGAGAAGGAAAGCAAGGAUUAUGAGAUGAAUGCGAACCGAAAAGAUGGUAAGAAGGAAGACUUCGUGAAGGGUGAUCCUGUCGAGAAGGAAGCCAGAGAAAGUACUAAGAAAGCAGAAUCUGGAGACAAAGAAAAGGAUACUUUGAAGAAAGGGCCCUCGUCUACUGGGGCCUCUGGUCAAGCAAAGAGCUCUUCAAAGGAAUCUAAAGACAGCAAGACAUCAUCCAAAGAUGACAAAGGAAGUACAAGUAGUACUAGUGGGAGCAGUGGAAGCUCAACUAAAAAUAUCUGGGUUAGUGGACUUUCUUCUAAUACCAAAGCUGCUGAUUUGAAGAACCUCUUUGGCAAAUAUGGAAAGGUUCUGAGUGCAAAGGUAGUUACAAAUGCUCGAAGUCCUGGAGCCAAGUGCUAUGGCAUAGUAACUAUGUCUUCAAGCACAGAGGUGUCCAGGUGUAUUGCACAUCUUCAUCGCACUGAGCUGCAUGGACAGUUAAUCUCUGUUGAAAAAGUUAAAGGUGAUCCAUCUAAGAAAGAAUUAAAGAAAGAAAAUGAUGAAAAGAGUAGUUCCAGAAAUUCUGGGGACAAAAAAAACAUGAGUGAUAGAAAUAGCAAGACACAAGCCUCUGUCAAAAAAGAAGAGAAAAGGUUGUCUGAGAAAUCUGAAAAAAAAGAAAGCAAGGAUACUAAGAAGAUGGAAGGUAAAGAUGAGAAGAAUGAUAAUGGAUCAAGUGGCCAAACUUCUGAAUUCAUUAAAAAAAGUGAAGAAAAGAAGCGAAUAAGUUCAAAGAGCCCUGGACAUAUGGUAAUACUAGACCAAACUAAAGGAGAUCAUUGUAGGCCAUCAAGAAGAGGAAGAUAUGAGAAAAUUCAUGGAAGAAGUAAGGAAAAGGAGAGAGCUAGCCUAGAUAAAAGAAGGGACAAAGACUACAGAAGGAAAGACAUCUUGCCUUUUGAAAAGAUGAAGGAACAAAGACUAAGAGAACAUUUAGUUCGUUUUGAAAGAUUGCGACAAGCAAUGGAACUUCGAAGACGAAGAGAGAUUGCAGAAAGAGAGCGUCGAGAGCGAGAACGCAUUAGAAUAAUUCGUGAACGGGAAGAACGGGAACGCUUACUCAGAGAGAGAGAGCGCCUAGAAAUUGAAAGGCAAAAACUAGAGAGAGAGAGAAUGGAACGCGAACGCUUGGAAAGGGAACGCAUUCGUAUUGAACAGGAACGUCGUAAGGAAGCUGAACGUAUUGCUAGAGAACGAGAGGAACUGAGAAGGCAACAGCAGCAGCUUCGUUAUGAACAAGAAAAAAGGAAUUCUUUGAAACGGCCACGUGAUGUAGAUCAUAGGCGAGAUGAUCCUUACUGGAGCGAGAAUAAAAAGUUGUCUCUAGAUACUGAUGCACGAUUCAGCCAUGGAUCUGACUACUCUCGCCAACAGAACAGAUUUAAUGACUUUGAUCACCGAGAGAGGGGCAGGUUUCCUGAGAGUUCAUCAGUACAGUCUUCAUCUUUUGAAAGGCGAGAACGCUUUGUUGGUCAAAGUGACGGGAAAAAAACACGUCCUACUGCACGAAGAGAAGAUCCAGGUUUUGAAAGGUAUCCCAAAAAUUUCAGUGAUUCCAGGAGAAAUGAGCCUCCACCACCAAGAAAUGAACUUAGAGAAACAGACAGGCGUGAAGUACGAGGGGAGCGAGAAGAGAGGAGAACUGUGAUCAUUCACGAUAGGCCUGAUAUCACUCACCCGAGACAUCCACGAGAAGCAGGGCCCACUCCCUCUAGGACCUCCACCUGGAAAAGUGAAGGAGGCAUGUCCAGUGACAAACGGGAAGCAAGAGUUGAAAGGCCAGAGCGAUCUGGGAGAGAAGUGUCAGGACACAGUGUAAGAGGGGCCCCACCCGGGAGUCGCAGUAACGCUUCCAGCUAUGGCAACAGAGAAGGAGAAAGGGUCAUUACAGACCGAGGGAGUGGAGCACAGCACUAUCCUGAAGAGCGACGUGUGGUUGAACGACAUGGACGGGAUGCAAGCGGACCAAGAAAAGAGUGGCAUGGCCCACCUUCUCAAGGGCCUGGCUAUCAUGAUGCAAGGCGAAUGGGUGAUGGCCGGUCAGGGGCAAACAUGAUAGCCCAACAUACAAGUAAUGCCUCCCCAAUUAAUAGAAUUGUGCAAAUCGGUGGCAAUUCCAUACCAAGAGGAAGUGGCUCUGGAUUUAAGCCAUUUAAAAGCGGGCCUCCACGACGAUUCUGAAAAUUAGCUCUCUGCCAUGGUUUCAAAAUAAUUUAUUGAAAUCUCCAGUAAACUUUAUUUGACUACUUAUGAAGAGGACCUCUGACUUGCUUGAGAGUUCGUUCAGACUUUUCUUUAUUCCCCUUUUUUAAAUUUUACCAUGAUUGCUUUUCUCAAUUUUGGAGAAGAUGUUUAAAUAGUUCUGUUGUAACUUUUAAUAGUUUUGUGUAUCAUUCAACUUUUUUUUCUUGUAGCACCGAGACACAUUGGAAAAGAUUGUAAUCAAACCAUUUUAUUACCGUGUGAAUAGAAAGGGUAGUUUGCAGCUGUGUGGUGGUAGUUUCAUUUGCAGCCUGGCUCUGGUAUCAGGCUAUAGAGUUACAUGUCACCGAGCAUUUUCAGCCUCCGUUUUGAAGGCUGUAUAAGCUGAAAAGGUCUGCUGUCUAAUUUUUAGAGAAUACAAUUGUUCCUUGCAUUUCUGAGUAUUAUGUAACCUAUUUUUUGCAGAAGGUACUGUUACAUGAAGUACAUCUGUGUACCCUGGUUUUAAAGAAUGUACUCUUUUUGAAAUAAACCUUCAUAUUCUGUAUAGUUGCUAAAGCGUUGAGAACCUUCUUAACUGUAAGGAGAACCUGAGAACCGAGUUUCAGUUUAGCAUAGCAGCAUCCUUGUUCAGGUUUGCAUGGUGUGAGACCAGACAGGUUAGUGAAACCUUGGCGGUGAGGUUGGUAUCACUGAGGUUCUUAGGAUGAGUUGUGCAGGUAAGUGCACUUUUAGGUAAUCUGUACUGUUUGAUGGAUAAAUUCCAACUCUGGGAAUUAUGUGGGUAUUAAUGUUUCCAUGUUCCCAACCAUGUUGAGAAGUGGAAAAAACCCAGGUUCUAGAUGGGUGAAUCAGUUGGGUUUUGUAAAUACUUGUAUGUGGGAAGGCAAUGUUGUCUUUUUGUGAAAAUAAAAGUCCACACCUGGAA